AUCGAUUCCUUGACGCAAUCAUGAAGUGCAUCGCAGCUGUAGUCAUGAUGGCGCUGGCAGUGAUCGCCGAAGCUGGACUGGCCCCGUUGUACUACGGUGCUCCGUUAGCCUUGGCCGCUCCGCACACGACCAUUGUGCAGAAUAACGCCGAGCCGAAGCUCAUUGUCGCUCCUCAGGCACUGACCUAUGCUCAUGCACCGCUGGCCUAUGCUGCCCCGUACUACUACGGCGCUCCGCUGGCGUACAGCGCACCGGCUCUAUUCUACCAGAAGGAAGCUCGCUAUCUGGCCGCCAAUCGAGGUGCAAUCCACGAGGCACCCCUACCGGGUCACGCUUUCUCCCAGCAGCAGCUCAACCUGGACGCUGCACCAGGUACGGCCUAA